UGCUGUGCACUGAGCCCAGGGGAGCCGCAGACACCGCACACUGCACCAGGAGCAGCAAUCACUGUACUGAAGAUGAAGAGCUCCAAUCCUGCGGAAAAUAUCUACAACCUCAUCCCCACAGAGGAGGUCAAGAUACCCAAACCCCCCAGGUAUACUUCAACAUUCAGGGAUUCUGUGAAGCUUGAAGAAAACAAAAAUAAAGCAGCCCACAAAACCAUGGGUCCAGCCAAAGUAGAGGUGCCCUCCCCUAAAGAAUUUCUACACAAGCACACAAAGGAGACCACCCUGACAGAAAAGAACGCAUUAUAUGAUUCCACAGGUAGACCGCCCCGGUGCUUGGCAGAAGAGAAGCGCCCGCCGGUACCACAAAGAACAGAGCAGCCAAUCAUGGGAGUGCAAACAAACAAAAGCUUCAUCACCACCAACGUAGCUGAAGCGGUUAUGGCCGUGCCCAAGAAACCACAGCCCAUCUAUGUGGACACCAAAAAGGGGGAUAAACAUCUUCUGGAAACCUCUGGACUUGUUCCCAAAUACUUAAAGAAGAAGGAUUAUGGCUCUACUCCUGAGUAUUUAGCAAAGAGGAAUGAGGAAGUCCGGAGGGCUCAGGAGGAAUAUGAUGCCUAUGUGAAGGAACGACUGCGGAUGGGAGCCAUGAAGCAACUCUCUGAAGAAGAGCGACAGUGCGUGCUCGAGGGAAUCAAGAAAAACUGGGAUCAGAUCCACCACGAAUAUCAGAGCCUGUCAGUAGUGAUUGAUACACCCCUGAAAAAAGCGCACAAAGAGAGGAUGGAAGCAGAAAUGAGACAGUUGGAGAAAGAUAUGGAUACGAUUGAAAGGCACACGAUCAUCUACAUCGCUAAUAACUAAAUGUCCCCUAGACGUAGUGUGCAUAGUAAAUAUAGGGGAGAAGAUAAUAAAUUAUACUUUUCGAUGUG